AUGACAGCUCCUGCUAUUGGUAUUGAUCUUGGCACAACCUAUUCUUGUGUUGGUGUCUUCAAGAAUGACCAAGUGGAGAUCAUCGCUAAUGAUCAAGGAAACCGCACAACACCUUCAUAUGUGGCGUUUACAGAGACAGAGCGUCUUGUUGGUGAUGCCGCAAAGAAUCAAGUGGCAAUGAAUCCAACCAACACAGUCUUUGAUGCGAAACGUAUGAUUGGUCGCAAGUUUGAUGAUCCUGAUUUGCAGUCUGAUAUGAAGCACUGGCCCUUUAAGGUUACAGUUCGAGAUGGAAAGCCAGUGGUACAGGUGGAGUAUCAAGGCGAGACCAAGACAUUCUUCCCAGAGGAAAUCAGUGCGAUGGUUCUGGGAAAAAUGAAGGAAAUAGCAGAAGCAUAUAUUGGUCUACCCGUAAAGAAGGCGGUGGUGACAGUUCCCGCAUACUUUAAUGAUUCGCAGCGACAGGCUACAAAGGAUGCUGGUGCUAUUGCUGGUUUGGAUGUGUUACGUAUUAUUAAUGAGCCAACAGCUGCUGCCAUUGCCUACGGUAUGGAUAAGAAAACAGAUAAGGGAGAAAAGGUGGUCCUUAUCUUUGAUCUUGGUGGUGGUACCUUUGAUGUAACUUUACUCACUAUUGAUGGUGGUAUUUUUGAAGUGAAGGCAACGGCGGGAGAUACCCACUUGGGUGGUGAAGAUUUUGAUAAUCGCCUUGUGGAUUACUUCGCUACGGAGUUUAAGACACGUUUUGGAAAAGAUGUACGUGGAAAUGCACGAGCUGUGCGACGUCUGCGAACGGCAUGUGAGCGUGUGAAGCGAACACUCUCCAGUUCUUCCAAUGCUACUGUGGAAAUUGAUGCCUUAUAUGAUGGAUGUGAUCUCUUCUCAAAGAUUACACGUGCUCGUUUUGAAGAAAUGUGUCGUGAUCAAUUUGAGCGUUGCCUUGAACCAGUGAAAAAGGUUUUGCAGGAUUCGGGUAUGGAAGCACGUGAUGUUCACGAUGUGGUGUUGGUUGGUGGAUCCACUCGUAUUCCACGUAUUCAACAAAUUGUUCAGAACUUCUUUGGAGGUAAAGAACCCAAUCGUUCUAUUAAUCCUGAUGAGGCUGUGGCUUAUGGUGCCGCCGUACAGGCACAUAUUCUCUCUGGUGGACGUUCUGAAAAGACUGAAGGACUUCUGUUACUGGAUGUAACACCUCUUUCUCUUGGUGUGGAAACUGCUGGAGGAGUUAUGUCUGUUCUUAUUCCUCGUAACUCUACUGUGCCUAUUCAAAAAUCGCAGAUAUUCUCUACCAAUGCUGAUAAUCAGCGAAAUGUGGAGAUUAAGGUGUAUGAAGGUGAACGUCCACUUGUCUCACAGUGUCAGUGCCUGGGAACCUUUACACUUACGGACAUCCCACCCGCCCCACGUGGAAAGCCCCGUAUUACGGUUUCCUUCGAUGUUAACAGCGAUGGUAUUCUCGUUGUGAGUGCGGAGGAGGAGUGUGGUGGAAAGAAACAGGCCAUCACGAUUACAAAUGACACUGGUCGUUUAUCAAAGGAACAGAUUGAAAAGAUGGUUCAAGAGGCUGAGCGCUUCGCCACGGAGGAUCGCGCUAAUGCUGAACGUAUUGAGGCCCGUAAUGCUGUGGAGAAUUACACCUUCUCUCUUCGCGCCACCCUCAGCGAGCCGGAUGUGGAGAAUGGCAUCAGUGCUGAAGAUCGUCAGAAGAUUUUGGCUGCGGUGAAUGCUGCGGCCGCAUGGUUGGAUGAGAAUCCAGAGGCCACAAAGGAAGAGUAUGAUGCGCAGAAUAAAGAAAUAGAGAAGGUCGCACAUCCUAUUCUCUCUGCUUAUUAUGUAAAGCGAACAAUGGAGCGUCCACAUGAGCCUAAUUCCGCUGGUGCUGGUCAAGAGGGGGAACAAGACCCAAACGCCCCACCACCACCCAAUGAUGUGGAUUAG